AUGCGAAGCACCCAACUUAGCGAAAGACUAAAUGCAGCAAUUAAAAAUCAUUUGAAACUGGAUCAUGACCUUGUGCAGUUCUUUAGACAUUUCAAUCGGGUGGUUGAUGAAAAGAGACACAAUGAACUGAUUGCAGAAUAUGAAAUGAGACAAAAGCUCCCCAUAAUAGGGUUAAGACAAACACCAAUACUUGUGCAUGCAUCAGAGACGUAUUCACCGACCGUAUUUGUUGUAUUCCAAAAUGAAUAUGGCGAGUCAACAGCUAUGGUUUUAUUGAGACAACAAGAUGCAGCGAUGAUUGUGGAGUUUGCGGUCAUGAGGUAUGAUGGAGGAUCUGAAAGAAUAGUGGUAUUCAAUCGAAAUAAUCUAAAUGUACGUUAUAGUUGCAAAAAAUACAAGAAUGAAUGCAUUUUAUGUGGGCACACGUUGAUGGUGUUUGAUACCGUGGGCAUAAAAAUAAUUCCUCCUGAAUACGUUAAGAGGCAAUGGACAAAAAGAGCUCGGUCUGGAGACUGUUUUGAUCGGCGAGGAUGGGAAGUUGUGGCUGAUCCUAAAAUAAUGAUUUCAACUCGUUAUCGGGAGCUCGCUUCAGCCAUGAUUAAGGUCGCAACUCGAACAGCAAUAUCGGAGAAUACCAACAAAGUAGCAAUCACUAUCAUAUCCGAUUUAGCAAAGAGAGUUGAGUUCCUCCUCUCAGAAAGCGAAGAGCAACCUUUGCAAAAUCAAAAAAAUCUGAAUAUGGAGCAACGGGAUAAAAUUGAAAUUGUAAAUGAAAUGGGGGAGGCAGUAGUCGCAAGAGGCAUUAAAAAACAAGGCGGUGGGAAGAAAAGUAGAGUGAUGCGAAGUUGUGUCGAUAAAUUUGACAGAGUAAAAAGAAAAUUUAGAUUAUCAAGAACUACACAGACUACGGUAUGGAUCAAAUUUUGGUACUUGGAGAACAUUUAUGCUAAAACUAAGUUAUUGUUAUACUAUUAA